AUGGGAAGUUUACAAGUUGUUUCGAAUAGAGUUGUUUCUAAUGGGAAGUUUGCCAGUUGUCCUUCACGGGAAAGUUGGCCGCUUGUCCCUAAUGAGGCAGAUAAGCUCCUCAUAGAAGUGAACUCUUCCAGCAUCUGUCUGGACCUGCUGAGCUCUGAUGUCAAUUCAAUGCCUCGUGAAAUCACUGAAAAUUGUUUUCAAGACUUUUGGAAGCAGAACUAUCCUCAGCAUGUGCAGAUCUACACUGAUGGAUCACGUUCUGCUACUGGAUCAGUGUCCGCAGGUCUUUACCUGCCAUCUACCAACCUGGCUACUGGGUGGCUGCUGAAUCCAGUGCACACCAUACUGGGUGCUGAAUUAUUUGCUAUACUCAAAGCCAUGCAGCUUGCCAUCACUGAUGAAUCUCUGAAGGAUAAACCAAUUCUGAUCCUGACUGACUCACGAGCAGCACUGCAAAUUCUUUCUUCACUGUCAGUUUGCUCCUAUUGCUCAAUCAUUGCUCAAAUUCAUAAACUGAUGCAAAUCAAGGGGCUCGACAGAGUGAUGAUGUGUUGGGUCCGUGGCCAUAGCAACAUUCGUGGGAAUGAAGUGGCUGACAGAAUAGCAAACCUCGCACAUGCAAAUGAUCGCUCUGCCAGAUCCAGUUUGUGCUUUGAGGAGUGGCUCUGUCUGUUAAAGAACAAAUUCUUGAAAUAUUGGUCACUCUGGUGGUCAGAGGAAGUGCAGUCUUCAGGGAAGGGAACCUUCAGACUGGGCUUGGGAGAGACAGUAAAUUAUGUGGACUAUGGACCGCUACCUCGCUCAGUUGAAUGUGCUGUGGCUCGUCUGCGGCUUGGUCAUGCUGGUGUGAAAGCCCACUUGGCCCGCUUCAAUUUGGUCAAUUCCGGCAUCUGCCCCACAUGCAACACAGAAGACACAAUUGAGCAUUUCAUUUUGCACUGUUCGCUAUACAUCAAUCAGAGGAGGGAGUUUCGCUCAAAUCUGGAGAACCUUUUACUUCCUUGGAACCUCAUCACAGCUCUGGGAGGGGGUGAUAUUCCCCAAAAAAGGAGAACUGCAGUCAUUCAUCGCCUGGGACAAUACCUGCUAAAAUGCAGCAUGAUGAACACCCGAUGA